UCAGAUAGUCAUGAGUGAGGUUUACAGCAAAUAAGGGUAGCCAUUGGGUUCUUGGUACAUCUUUCUAGUGGCGAAGACCCGUCUCCUUUUCGUUGGUACGGAAGCCGAGAGAGGACGGGUUGGUUACGCGGCGGCGGUGGGUCUCCACCCGAGAGUAUGGCGGCCAGGAUUAUAUUGGUGAGAGCAUAAGGAACGGGAAGAGGUGGUGAAAAUAAUCAAAGAAGAACGCUUGUAUUAUUAACUUUUAAAAUAGGAUUUAUUUCUCAACAGUUGUUGAGUUAAUACGCGCCAGUCUUCUUUGAGAAUCCAUCAUCAGGAACCGUCCUGUUUUUUCACCAAUGUCUUCGCUGGAGCAAGUUUUGUUUUUAUGAUGCAUAGAAUGGUAAGCGAAGCAGAUGAAAAACCACACGUUUCACAUUGUCCCGCGUUUUGAUAGCUUGUAAUGCACAUUUUGAAGUUGCCUGGGGGAAUUUCUACAAUGAAAUCCAUCUUCGGUCAGCAAGGCUUUGUGUUCUGCUUUUGUAUUUGCCAUUGCUGAACGGUAGUAAGGAAGGCAAUAUUUUUUUUAUAUCUGUUCAAAAUGGAACACGAAUAAAUGUUAUUUGCGCGGGGAUAGCUUUCGACAAUCUCUUGAAAUCAUCAACUAACAAGGGAGCAAUGCGCGAGUACAAAGUGGUGGUCCUUGGCAGCGGUGGGGUCGGGAAAUCCGCCCUCACUGUUCAGUUUGUCACCGGGACUUUUAUUGAGAAAUACGACCCGACCAUAGAGGAUUUUUACCGCAAAGAAAUCGAGGUGGAUUCCUCACCCUCUGUUCUGGAGAUUCUUGACACUGCUGGUACUGAACAGUUCGCAUCCAUGCGGGACCUUUACAUCAAAAAUGGCCAAGGCUUCAUACUUGUCUACAGUCUUGUCAACCAGCAGAGCUUCCAAGACAUCAAACCCAUGAGGGACCAGAUCAUCAGAGUGAAAAGGUACGAGAAGGUCCCAGUGAUCCUGGUGGGGAACAAAGUGGACCUGGAGGGUGAGAGGGAGGUGUCGGCCAGCGAGGGCCAGGCUCUGGCCGAGGAGUGGGGCUGUCCCUUCAUGGAGACCUCGGCCAAGAGCAAAACCAUGGUGGACGAACUGUUUGCCGAGAUUGUUCGGCAGAUGGACUACGCCGCCCAGCCAGACAAGAAUGACCCAUGCUGCUCCUCCUGCAAUAUACAAUAGCCCCAGGGAUUAGGGCGACGCCAGGGGAGAGGACGUAGCCCAGGGCCUAGGGCGACGCCAGGGGAGAGAGGACAUAGCCCUAGGGCGACACCAGGGGAGACAGGACGUACCCCCAGGGCAUAGGGCGGCGCCAGGGGAGAGAGGACGUACCCCCAAGGCCUAGGGUGACGCCAGGGGAGAGAGGACAUAGCCCUAGGGCGACACCAGGGGAGAGAGGACGUACCCCCAGGGCCUAGGGCGACGCUAGUGGCCAGUGGAGAGAGAACAUAGCCCCAGGGCCUAGCGGGACGCCAGGGGAGAGAGGACAUAGCCCUAGUGCGACACCAGGGGAGAGAGGACGUACCCCCAGGGCCUAGGGCGACGCUAGUGGCCAGUGGAGAGAGAACAUAGCCCCAGGGCCUAGCGGGACGCCAGGGGAGAGAGGACGUACCCCCAGGGCCUAGGGCGACGCUAGUGUCCAGUGGAGAGAGAACAUAGCCCCAGGGCCUAGCGGGAUGCCAGGGGAGAGAGGGAGUCUGCAUACAGGAUAAUUCACAGAGAGGAGGACAAUACUUACACCAACAACAGCGACGAUUAACAAACUCAUGGUAGAAAUGUGGUGGAAUUGAACUCUUCGGUGCAUAAAAUCAGUCAUGAUGUAAUUAAUGAUUUAUGUUCAUAAUUAAUAUAAUUAAAUUAGGAAUUCAAAGGAUUUGUCUCAAGAGAAAUUGACAAACAAACAGGACUAAAGAAAAGUGCACUCGCUUUAUGUUAUCCUGUUUUCUCCGUCUUGAGUCGUCUGUCGGAAUUACUGAACAGGAUGUGUACUCUUUAUGCUGUUCUGCGAUCAUUAAUAUGUUUCUUUAACAUAGUUUUAGUUUUGUUGAUAUGACCCAGUUUUUCUCUCAGCACAUCGAGCUUCUUUCUCCGUUUUAACUGACAGAGCAGAAGAUAGCAACUGCACCGACUCAAGAGGAGGUAAUCCCUCAAAUCUACUUGUUUGAAACAUGGAUUAGUAAUUGAUUUGUGUACUAGGUUUCUCUGUGCAGGAAAAGAGAAAGCCUACCUACCUUUAUCCAAUGAGAUGUGUUGUACUCAUCACUAGGCCAGAAUCAAAGAGGUGACUUGAAUGAGCCUCUUUUUAAUUUUCUCUUUGAUUUGUUUUGCGGAAGGGGUAAAAACUGGUGGAAAAGACAGUCUUGCUUCCUGUUUUCCCCUUCUGGAGGUGUUGUAGCAGAGGUGUCUGUCACAUAAUCCUGUCUUUCAUGUUGGUGUCAGAAAGUUCUGACGACAGAUUGCUGAAUAUUGUAACCGUUUCAUUCAGAUGGUACUAGGAGGACUCCAUCUUUCAGUAUUUGAAUAUCUCUACAGACUCUAGAAACGGUUUACUUUUCAGUAAUGGGUGCCAUCCCACAUCCUCUCCAUUGAAUUUGAUUUUGAUUGGGUAUCACAAAUUGAAAUGGGGUGCAACAUUUUCUCAACAUCCCACUCCUCUUUAAGUAUUCAAAUGUAUAGUAGUAACAGUAAUGAUGAUGAUGAUUAUAAUUGUUAUUUAACAGUAGUGUAAAUAUUUUGUCUGGAAAGUUCCAGCUCCUAUGAAGACACUGACUGAACUGUUGUCAACCGUAUCAGUGGAGGCUGCUGGGGGGAGAACAGCGUUUUAAUAAUGGCUGUAACGGAGCAAAUGGAAUGCCAUCAAACACCUGGAAACUGUGUGUUUGAUAUCUCGCCACAGAUUCCGAUCCAGCCAUUACCACGAGCACAUCCUCCCCAAUUAACGUGCCACCAACCUCCUGUGAACUGUAUGCAUGGCAAGUAAACAAAAAAAAAGAUGACUUUAUCGUUUGAGAUUAUUAUUGGCUGUGUAAACUUAGAAACCAGACACAUGCACAUCUGGGUCCGGACACUGUCUCAACGACACAUGGUUGUAGGCCACGGGGAGCCAGACCUCCCUUGGGUUACCAUUUUCAUUGUUCAUUUGAUCUCAUUUUUAUGUCACCAUUUACUCUUUCUCCCUAAAUGAAUGGAUGAAUGACACUUCCAUUUAGCACCUACACAAUAAAAGUGUGUUUAAUAACACAAUGCAUUGCAGUGUGAAUGACACUAUUUCUAUGUUUACUUAUUGGAGUGACAGGCCCUCUACUCCAUCGCCGGGUUCUCUCUAAAGUGUUCUGGGAGAGAGACAUUUAUCUGGAAGGAAAUGGUUUCCGUUCCAAUGCCACCGCCAGUUCUAAAUAGCACAGUCACUUUGUGAAUGACAAGAACCCAACGUUGAUUGCUCCAGCAAGUGCACAAUGCUUGAUGAAUUAAACUUUACUUUCUUCUUUGUUUA